GGGAUAAAAUCCAUGGAACCCGCGAAACCACGGAUUGCAUUCCUCAUAAUCUCAAUAGUAGUAAUAAUUUCCGAUGGUUUGAUCUUUAGAGGUUUAGCAGAAGGUGUGACUUUUGAAGAAGCAAAACAGCUGAGAGAUGAGGUUAGUGGAAUGUUUUAUCAUGCAUUUGAUGGAUAUAUGGAUCAUGCUUUUCCACGUGAUGAAUUAAAACCUCUAUCAUGUGAAGGAGAAGACACACUUGGUGGAUAUGCUCUAACUUUGAUUGACUCCUUAGACACUUUGGCUUUACUUGGUGAUAAAGAUCGAUUCACUUCUUCUGUUGAAUGGAUUAGUAAAAAUAUUAGAUUUGAUAUUAACAAGACAGUAUCCUUGUUUGAAACUACUAUCCGAAUUGUUGGUGGUUUGCUUUCUGCUCAUCUCAUUGCAAGUGAUUAUGCAACGGGUAUGCGUAUUCCUUCAUAUGAUGAUCAACUCCUUCAUCUUGCUGAAGAUUUAGCUCGUAGAUUAUUACCUGCAUUUGAUACUCCAACAGGAAUUCCAUUUGGAUCUGUUAAUUUGUUACAUGGAGUUGAUGAAAAUGAAAGUAAGAUAACAUCAACAGCUGGUGGAGGCACUCUGACAUUAGAAUUUGGUGUGCUUAGUCGAUUAACAAAUGAUCCAAUUUUUGAGGAAGUUACAAAGAAUGCAGUUAGAGGAAUAUGGGCAAGGCGUUCAAGAAUAAAUUUAGUUGGUGCUCAUAUUGAUGUUUUCACUGGAGAAUGGACACAAAAGGAUGCUGGAAUAGGGACAAGUAUUGACUCUUUCUAUGAAUAUCUAUUGAAGAUGAAGAAUAUUUAUACAUUUUCCAAGAAGCUUAUGGAGCAGCUAUGCACUAUCUUUUUUCAUGACCCUUGGUAUGUAGAAGUCAACAUGAAUUCUGCUGCACUUGUUUGGCCAUUAUUCAAUAGUCUACAGGCAUUCUGGCCAGGUCUUCAGGUUUUAGCUGGGGAUAUUGAUCCUGCUAUUCGAACACAUACUGCUUUUUUUAGUGUAUGGAAAAGAUAUGGAUUCACUCCAGAAGGCUUCAAUCUUGCAUCCUUUUCUGUUCAGCAUGGUCAGAAGAGCUACCCACUGCGUCCAGAACUUAUAGAGAGCACUUAUUGGCUAUACAAAGCUACAAGGGAUCCAAGGUAUCUUGAUGUAGGAAGAGAUAUUGUUACAAGCUUACAGUAUGGGGCCCGCUGCACUUGUGGAUAUUGUCACAUAUCAGAUGUUGAGUUUCACAAGCAGGAAGAUCACAUGGAGAGCUUCUUUUUAGCCGAAACGGUCAAGUAUUUGUGGCUUCUUUUUGAUUUGGCUGCUGGCCCAGAUAACCUAGUUGAAAACGGGCCCUACAAGUAUAUUUUUAGCACUGAAGGUCACCUCUUGCCUAUGACACCAAGAAUUUCUUUAGCCCAUGAACAAUGUUUAUAUCUUGGGGCAUAUUGUCAAACCAAUAAUUUUGGACAAGAAUACCCUCGGUCUUAUAUCUUGAAAGAUGACAUGCAAAUGCAAGCUACUAAUAAUAGUCGAUUUCAAAGAAGUCUUGGAUCCCCAAGCUAUGUGACUCAAUAUGGUCUCUAUAAAACCACUUCUAUAUCUGGAAUUAUCAAGGGGCUUUGUCCCGGGCUAACUCAUGAGCAAAAGUACGGUUUAUCAUAUGUUCCUUCACCACCAACGGUCCAUGAAGAUGGGCCCACGGGCCAAAGAGAGAAUGAUGUUGGUCAAACCCAGUCAAUGGUGAUGCUUCAUGUGUCAAAUGAGGUCAAUGAGGAGUCAACUCUGACCAAUUAAAACUAGUAAAUUUGUUAAAGUGUGAUUCGAAGUAUUUAAAUUUGUAGAUUAUAUACAUCGAUUUUGUGAUAUUGGCCAUUAGGUUACCCGGGGGUGGAUUUUAUACCCUCAGUGUGUUGUAUAUUGAAAAUUGAAACUAUUUUAUUUUUUUGUGUUAUUUGUUUCUAAUAUAGCUAGUUUUAAAGAUUAUUUAGUUGGGA